UAUUGUGUACUGUAGGGUGGAUUUCUCUGUUAACAGAACUGAAAGGUGUAUUUACUUGUGAAUAUUAGAUGCAGAUAUUUCUUGCAGUAGGUGAAAGAUAGGCGUUUGUUUUGGUCUAACCUUCAGAAUAUAAAAGACUGGGAGAUAAUGGAUGAUCUGCAGGGGGAUUCUGGUGCCAGUGGUGAGACCAUGCAGGAUACGAGUCCUCCUGGCAUUUGUGAAGGCUACUUGAUGAAGAGGAGAAAAUGGCCUCUGAAAGGCUGGCACAAGAGAUACUUUGUGUUGGAAAAAGGGAUUCUCCGAUAUUCAAAAAACCAGUAUGAUUGUUCUAGAGGGAAAUUAAAUGGGUCAAUGGAUGUCAGUCUCGCAGUGAUGUCAGUAAACAGAAAGGCAAGACGGAUAGAUUUGGAUACUGGGGACAGUCUCUAUCACAUCAAGGCAAAGAACCAUGAUCUGUACUACAUAUGGGUGACCAAACUGAGUGCCCAUCGGAUGUAUAAGAGGAACGAGGCAGCACAUGUUCAUAACAGCUUGCUGCAGGCCCUGUCUCAUGGCAGCAAUGUGCUUCAGGGAAAUGGUGCUAUGCAAAAUGUGUACCAGAACGUGUCUGACUCUUACCUGGGUGAUGUGGCAGCUCAGACUGAAGACCUGCAUGUUGCAGACACUGGAGUAAAUGGGAAAGUGUGUGCCUGGCUGCAACAGGCCCAUGACCCAGACAGCUGCACUCAAGAACUGAACCGCUGUCAAAUAGACCUGAAUGAUUUAAAUCGGUUGGUCCAGAAGCUGCACACUCUGGAGUUAGACAAGGCUGUUAGUAAUGGAGAACUAAAGAGGAUCAUCAGCAUGCAGAAUCUUUCACUUGAGAAGCCCAAGAAGAAAUCUGGCAGGCUAUGGGGUCACACUCAUACACUUGGAGUGUUCUCAUCGUCCCACCUGGGUGCAUCGGUGCCCUCCAUCCCUGACUAUGUCUAUACCCAGCUUACUCCUUCAGCCUCCUCUAGCUCCCCUGAAAGCAGAAAGCUCUACCAGGACAUAUGUUCUGUGUCACAAAGAGUGCACGCCUCUCUGAGGUCCGUGCAUGAGGCUCUGUUUCAGGAGCGACAGCAGCUACAGGACACCUGGUCCAGCACCGAGCUUCGCCAGAACACUUCUGCUCAAAUUAAUGACAUAUGUAGCACCCUGACUGAGUUAGAUGUGAAGUCCCGGCAAACACAAAUCCACACAAGGUCAGAGUGCUCUGACUCCUCUGAGGAAUCCUACCACACUGUGACCUUGAGAAAGUCUGAAUCAAUAUGCCGUUCCUUGGUGGCAGACUCAGUGGCGGAGUUUUUUGAUGCACGUGAUGAGAUUUGUGGAAGUUUCUCUGAGGCAUCAGAUGAAUCAGGUCUGAGUGAUGCCUCCAGUAAUUCAGAGCCUGAGGAAGACCAUGUAACAGCAACACGGAAGUACCGUGCCAGUCUUUCCAAAGCAUCAGCAAAACCCAGCUGGACUUUAGGGAGCACUGGCCACCGCACCAAACUGCCAGCAGUUUGCCCUGAUAACAGUCACAUAGGCCUUAUAUCCAUCCUUUAUAACAACAUCGGGAAGGACCUGUCACGUGUAUCCAUGCCUGCAGCCCUGAAUGAGCCUGUCAAUCUACUCCAGAGGCUCUGUGAGGAACUGGAGUACUCGGAGUUACUGGACACAGCCAACUGUACUGACGACCCCUACCAGAGAAUGGUGUACAUUGCUGCCUUUGCUAUCUCUGGCUAUUCUACAGCUCAGUAUCGUAACCGUUAUAAGCCCUUUAACCCAGUUCUGGGAGAGACAUUUGAGUGUGUAAGGGAGGACCGAGGUUUCCGCUAUAUUAGCGAACAGGUUUGUCAUCACCCACCCAUCUCUGCUUGCCAUGCUGUCUCUGACAACUUCUGCUUUUGGCAGGAUCAGCGAUGGAAGAAUAAAUUCUGGGGAAAGUCUUUGGAGAUAAUGCCAGCUGGAAUGGUGAAUGUAACUCUAUCAAGGUAUGGAGACCACUACGAAUGGAAUAAGGUGGUGACAUGCAUUCACAAUGUCCUGAGUCAGCAGCGCUACCUAGAGCACUAUGGAGAGGCAACGAUCCGCAACCUGAACAGCUCAGUCUGUACCUGUAAGAUCACGUUUGUUAAGUCUCGCUACUGGGGCUCAGAUGCAAAUAAAAAUGAGGUUCAAGGCCAAGUCCUAGACCAGUGUGGUAAAGUAGUGCACCGAUUCGGAGGAUUCUGGCAUGAGGGGAUAUUCUGUGAUACACUACCCAAUCCACAAUGUAUUUGGAAGCCAUACCCUCAGCCUAAGGACUACGUCUUGUACUAUGGAUUCUCCAACUUUGCAAUGGAAAUGAAUGAGCUGAUGCCUGAACUUGAACCUUUGCUGCCCCCAACAGAUACACGCCUGCGUCCAGACCAAAGGAUGUUGGAGGAAGGCAGCGUGGAGGAGGCAGACAAAAAGAAAGAUGAAGUGGAAGAAAAACAGAGAGAGCGGAGGAAGACUUUGGCAAAGAGAGGAGAGCAGCACAUCCCUCGUUUUUUCAGGAAAUCGGUUGAUGCAGCUGGUAGAGAAGUGUGGCUCACUAAUGGAACUUACUGGAAGCUCAGAGAGAAUCCUGGAUUCACAAACAUGAAAAACUUGGAAUUAUGGUGAAGUCUCAGUAGAGUUUGAAACUCUGAACUGUAAAACUUUCUUACAUAUUUCUUAAAGUACAUGGACUUGAACACAAAGCAAAUUGUAGAGCACAGAUGAACUGCCCAUGACAGACUGGGCAAGGAUAAAGCUCUUAACCAAAGACCAAGCUUUUCUAUUUUCCCCUGAGGUAUUCAGGCUUUCACUUCUUUGAUGGUUGGACAAUUAAACCAAUAUAUAUUUAGGGAGUUAAUCCAUCUCUGCAUUUACUUUCUUCCUCAAAAUGAUUGCUAUGUAAACAGGACACAUAAACUUGGGAAGACCAUUGUGUUCUGUUCAUUUCAUCAGUACAUUUCAUCAACACCAUGUGGGUAGUAGCAAAAAAUAUAUGAUAUUUUGUAGCUUAAGCAAGAGGGUGUGUGGGUCUGUUUUUGUAAUCUUACUUCCACCCACUCCCGUUGGAAUUCUGACCAAAUCCCAGCCAUUUCUUCAGUUAUUAUUUUUGUUUAUACCUGUCUGUGAUAUGUUCUAAUGAACUCAGUUUGUUCUAUUUCCCAAAUUAUAAACAAAUUAGUAAUUUAAACUUCAGGGGACCCUGAUCAGGAUCAUCAAUGAAGAUGAGCCACUCUUGCCAGCAUGAGUAAAACUGGCUGUUUUUGUUGGGUCCCAUGGGAUCCCAGACCUGGUGCACACUUCUAGCUUAAGCCCUAACUGAUGCAUAUUAGGCACACAUUAAAAUAAAUAAAUAAAUAAAAAUUCUUAAUGGGGAAGGCCAUUUAAUUGCAUAACUAGUCAUUUACCUGUGUUACUGAAAACAGGAAUGAAAAGAGAUUUUGGAGCACACAGCUUUUUAUAGUACUCUGGCAGUACAAUAACAAAAAAUGGGACUGGGUUGUGUGACAGGGUCAUAUAUUUCUUAUUAGUUUAUGCACAUGCUGCUCUUGAUAACACAUGGGAAGUAUUUACUUAUAAUAUAAAGAGGGUUGAUGAACUGCAGGAUUGAUCUUGCUACUUGACUUUUUUGGGGGAAUUAUUUAAAAAAUGUAUUCUCUUUCAUGUGUAUGGAUUUUUUUUAUGUUUUUUUUUUUCUUCCCAAAGUCAUCACUCCAGAGAGUCUUCCUGUAAUAGGAUUUAUUCUAAGUGGGAUUAGAAAAAGCACUUCCUCUUCCUCAAAGCCUUCUUAGACUUUGCAUAACCAGUGUGUACAGUGAAACUCUACAACAAUUAAACAACAUUAUUUAAUGAGAACUUUUACAUUUUAACAUUAAAUGUUAGCCAAUUCUAACAUUAUAACAAAUAAAAGUUUCAUAUUAAAAAUGACAUGUGUUUUAUUACAGUUAGAACAUAUCAAGUUUUUUUCUGCAUUAUUUGGGGGAGGGUUCCUGUUAUUUAUUAACCUUGGCUUCCAGGUGACAUUGGAGAAAAUUAAUCUUCAUAUUACAGAGUAUGUUUUUCAUUUACAGAGAAGACUAUUAAAGUCAUGGUUCCGUGGAACAUCAUAUAAAUAUACCUUAAAGACAAUCUGAUAAUAGCACUGCUAGUCCAUAAUAAAGCUUCGGAGAGGGGAAAGCUUGAGGGUAAAUUCCCUCCUACAUGUGGCAUUAUUUAUCAAAGUUGGAUCUGAGCAAAUGUAUUUCAGGGUAAACUUGGGUAUGCU